AUGGCCGCGCUCGAAAAACUACGAGAGCUCGACAUGUACCCCAAGACGAGGGACGAGUUUAGGGUACGGACGUCACAAGGCGGCGCGGCCACGGUAGUAGCAUGUCUGGUCGCGAUUUGGCUCGUGCGCACGGAGUUCUCCCAUACUUUGGGAGUGGAGACGCGAGACCGAUUGUAUGUGAACUCGUCUCACGGCAACGGCUUGCGAGUCUCACUUGAUUUAGAAUUCCCGCACGCGUCCUGCGAGCUUUUAGCUGUGGACGCGAACGACGACGGCGGUAGGUCCCUGGAAGCCGUGCAGCACAUCACGAAGACGAGGCUAGAUCAACGAGGACGGCCCCUACCCGCUAGGCGUGCGGCAUCCAUAAAACAGCAAGUCGGCAACACGGCCACGCACGAAGAUCACAUCUCGGCGGAUGAAGAAGUGAAGUCCGAAGACUGCGGCGACUGUUACGGUGCGGAGGACGACGAGCAGCCCUGCUGCAACACGUGCGAGGAGGUCCAGAACGCCUACAGGAGGCGGGGCUGGACGUUCAAGCCCGAGACUGCGGUUCAGUGCACGGGUAAAAACGCGUAUGAUGCGUUGGACAAGGGCGCCAAAGGUGUUUCUGAGGGGUGUCGGAUUGCCGGGACUUUGGAUUUGCCCGCGGUCGCCGGGAACUUUCAUGUGGCGCCGGGGAGGCACCUCAAGCAGGCAAACGCGUUUCAAGGUUUAGAUGUUGUGUUGUUGACUUUCGAGCAGUUCAACGUGAGCCACACGGUGAAUAAAAUAGCCUUCGGUCCCGAGCACCACGACGAGCCCGACUCCGUGGGUAGGGAGGACUCCCGUACGUACAGGAGGAAGAAGCGAAGAAGGGGGCCGCCUCCCUUGUUAGCUAAUCUCACGUCGCAGUUGGACGGCCAGAAGCGUUACAUAACGGACGGCUACGGCAUGCGCCUGUGUGGAAAUCAACCCGUGUGUCGGGUGCAUCGUCACGCCAUCGAGCAGGCGUCGCGUCGAUGGCGUGGAGGUGAACGCGCCGUAAAAUUUUGAUUUCUACACAGGCAUGCAUCAAUAUUAUGUAAAGGUCGUGCCGACCGUCUACUCCUAUCUAGAUGGUUCUACGAGGGAAGUAUGGCAGUACUCGGUCACGGAGCACGUGCGCCACGUCACGCCCGGAAGUGGACGGGGCCUGCCGGGCGUCUUCUUCUUCUACGAGGUGUCUCCGCUCGUCGCGGAGUUCGAAGAACGGCGGCAGGGCUGGCGCGCGCUGCUGACCGGCUUGGCGGCUAUCGUGGGAGGCGUCCACGCGACGGCGGCAUUGGUGGACCGGACGCUCGCCGCUUUAUUGGCGAAGCAUUCGAGUAGGGGGCUAACUCAUUAA